AACUUCCCUAAGAGCAUCUGUGACCUCACGGUGUAUAACUGAAAUUUCGGAGUUGUUUGAAAACAUGAAUAUCGGUAUUAGAAUUGUUUGAAAAAUAACAGUACAAAAAAGUAUAUUGUUCUUUUAUCCUAUAAUAUAGAUAAAAAAAAUUUGAGUAUAUAUUGUCAAGAACUAGUCUAUGAAUACUUUUCGAUUUUCCAAUACUUGGAUAGGUUCGGAUCGACUGCAUCCAUAGCGAGUGUAAUAACCAAAUCUAUCUUUGUAUAAAUGUGGAUCAAACAUCAUUUUCAGGAAUAUAUAACACAGUUAAUUAAUUGCAGAAAAUAAAUGUCAAUCUUAAUCAGAUAAAUACACAAUAUUCCACAUAUGUGAACUUUGGUCCGAAUUCAACUAUAACAUAUAUGAAAAAAGAAUUGAAAAUGUGGACAUAUGAAAAUCAUAACAAAUUUUUGUCCUUUUAUCUUUUUAUACAUUGUGUAACAAUGAGUCCUCUUCUCCUAUUUACUCUUCCUGUUUUGUCUUAAAUAGAAAAAAAAAUUAUGAUGUAUGAUGAUCAGUCUGACGACUUAUAUUUCUCUCUCCCUAUCUCAAUAUAAAUGACCAUGUGGUGUUUUGCAGCUAUAUAUAUAUGGACAACUGUGAAUGCAUUUUGCUAUCUAUCUCUCUAUAGUAGAAAAGAGGAAACACACAAACAAAACAAUAGUAGAAAAGAAUAAUUAAGUAAAGGAAAGAAGUCUCUCUUUUGAUCUCUUCCACUUAUAUCUCUCAUCUUCAAAUUAAGAAGCAAGAGAUAGAUCUCUUCCUCAGGUUUGUCUUCUUUCCCUAACCAUUUCUGUGCAACAUCCACUAUCACCAUCACCAUCAAUCUUCUGAAUCCAUCUUUCUGUAGCAGCUACCUCAAUAAUACUAGGAAGUAUCUAAGUCAUCUCUCUGUCUCUCUCUUUUAACUAUUUUGUAAGCCAAGAAGUUAGAUCCAUCCACUCCAUCUUACUUACAAAGUUCUAAAACUUAAUUUAUGCUCCCCUAAAUAUUUCAGUAUCCAGAAAAGAACCCUAAUCUCUCGAACCCUAGUUUAGAUAUUUUAUUAUAAAAAAUAUGGAUUCGAUUUCUCAAAAUCAUAAUAACAAGAACCCUAGUACCACUCUCUCGGCACAACCUCCUACCACUAGCCGCUACGAGAACCAGAAACGCCGUGAUUGGAACACUUUCUGCCAAUACCUCAGAAACCAUCGUCCACCACUCUCUCUACCGUCUUGCAGCGGCGCACACGUCAUAGAGUUUCUGCGUUACCUUGACCAGUUCGGGAAAACCAAAGUCCACAACCAAAACUGCGCCUUCUUUGGCCUCCCAGAUCCUCCGGAGCCUUGUCCUUGUCCUCUCCGACAAGCUUGGGGCUCACUUGACGCUCUUAUCGGUCGUCUCCGUGCCGCCUACGAGGAGAACGGUGGAGCUCCCGAGAUCAGCCCUUUUGGCUCAAGUUCAGUCAGGAUUUUCCUAAGAGAGGUUAGAGAUUUUCAGGCUAAAGCACGUGGCGUUAGCUACGAGAAGAAGAGGAAAAGGGUCAAUAACAAGCAAAUAACCCAAUCGUGUUUGCAGCCGCCUCUACAUACAGCCGCACUGGCGCAAGGUCAGCCUAUGAUGGCUAAGUAUCACCACAGUGAAACUUAAUGAUGUCAUAUAACUUCGACAAAUAAGUACGCUCGUAUCAUCUGUAGCUAUUUAUACGCACCAGCCUUUGUAUUUGUAUAAUGUAAUAUCCCUACUUUACUCCAUCUACCGUUAUCUAUUGUUAUUAGACUAUCGUUUUGUCCUUUUAUAACCAAAAAAUGGAAUAAGCUUGGAUAAUUGUAUCUGGUCUUAACGUAUGAACUUAGAUUAUAUACGAGUAUUUUAAUUAGGGCCUCUUUUGUACAUCAGAAUUGUCUAGGUGAUACAUAAUCAACGGUUUAUAAAAUUCGAUCACGACGUUUGACUUUGUAAUCUUUGUGAGAAGGAUUCAAACUUCAAAGCUAACCUGAGAAUGAUUAUGUUAUACAAUUCUUUAAAAAAAUGAUACACAAUCGUUAAUUUUUUUCUAUAUCUUGGAUUCUCGAACAUUAAGUGAUUAAGGAUCUAACUGGUAAACCAUUAUAAGAAUUUUAUGAACAAAUAGGAAAAAAUAACCACAAAUAAAAUAAAGAGAUGAUUGUUUUCUACAUUUAAUAAGAAACAUUUUUGUAUAAUUCUCUACAAAAACGAACCAAAAAUAGAAAUAAAAAAUUAUUUAUAACAAGAAACAUUUUUAAUGUAUAAUUCUAUAUAAAAAGAACAAUAAAUACAAAUAGAAAUUUGUUACUUAUAAAUGGUGUAUUUUAGGAAUGAGAAAAAAUAAUGUUAUUCCACAGUUUUUGUCACCAGUAACACUAACCCUAAGUGAUAUUAGAUGAAGAAUUCAGUUAGGUUAGCUAAACAAUUUAUAUAGUUAGUGAUAAUUUAGAUAUAAAGUAAGUUAGUCGUUAUUAAACGAACGGAUACUAGAGUCUAGAGCUGACAGCGAGUACACGUGUAAGUGCCAUAUAUGACGAAGGUAAAAAAGCCCAUGAUUCAUGAAGAUGAGAGAAAACCCGGGAGUAGGUUAAGCGAUACGUAUCACGUAUGUACAUAUAAAACCCUAAGACUUAUUUAUAAAAUUUUCGAAAUGUGAAGUAUAUAUGUUGAAAUAAUGUAUACACACUCAUCUUCGUUUGAACCUGUCCUAAAACUGUGAUGCUGAUAUAAAGUACUUCUUCAAUAGCCAAUUGGAUUUACAGUGACGUAUAGAUCUAACCUACUAACAUUUCGAUACAAAACAUACCGUUUGAACAGUUGACAACAAAUUAUGGAUUUGAUGUCGCUGAGUCUUGUCAUGGCGACAUGUAAAGUGUUGUCCAAAUAAUUUUACGUGUACAUAUUGUAUAUUUUGUUAUUUUAGUUUUCCUUUCCCUUGCUUUGAUAUUCACCAAACAUGAGUGUAAUUGUUUUUUUACACCAAACAGGAGUGUAAUUGUUACACAAAAUAUAAAAUUGUAGAGGUAAAUCUAAAACCGAUCUAUUAUUACAAAAGAACAAAAUAUGAUCAUAUUGUCAUUAUUGAUGACAGCUAAUCUUGUGACACAAAAUUCUUAUUAGCCGAACUUGGAUUUGACACUUUUAGAAUAUUUAAACUUUUACCAUUCCCUAGCAAUUUUUAUUUAUUUUUACCAUGUAUUUUAUUAACUCGUGUUACUAUUGUGGCACUGCCCAAUUUUAUUACAUAAUCUCAGAGUUUUCUUUAAAAUAAUUAAAAAGUUUAACAAAUAGCAUCUAUUUUAAAAAUUUUGUUAAUUGCAUAUUUGGAACAAAACUAGCUAGUCUUAUAUGAUUGAAUCGCCCCUAUUGCAUUGCACUUGUGACGAAAACAAAGAGGGAAAACAAAUCGAGUAUCCAAGGGAGAUGUAUCUGAAAAUGAUUGCUUCUGUUCAAGCAUUAUAAAAAAGACUAUGAUGUUUUGACUCUAAAAAACGGUUGAGAUCAAAUAGAAUGGGAACGUGUAGCUGCUUUACGUCACAUGUGAGUUCAACUAAAAGCUUCCUAGAAUAGUCAGUUGUGUUGUUGAGCCAUCAGAAUUUUAAAAUGGGCUAUAGCUAUUGAACAACGUGGACAAUGUGCGUCCGUACGAGGUAUGUUUUGUAUCUAUAAGAAAUCGCAUUAAAUUUUAAUUGGAAUCUUUCUUUUCUUUGCUUUAUUUGGCUAAGCCUGUGGAUUUUCUCUAUAUCUGGGAGGGGCUACAUUUUAAUUUUAAUAGUGUUUUAGAUCCACUUGCACUUUUAUUUCAGUCUUUUUUUUUUGAAUUAUAGUACUAGUCAGUUAUUUGAUUUCACUUUUAUUUCAGUCUUGCAUUAUUUCUUCAGUCAGUCGUAUUAUAGUACUAAAACCUAAGAAGAUUUGGUGUUGAUACGCUUGUUGGUUGGUUCGAGUUUCAUAUUUUCUGUGUGUUUUUUUUUUUUGCUCUGGGAAUCAGUGUUUAUAGCAGUUUAAUACAAUUCAACGUAUUCGUCCUUUAGGCAGUAGAUUAGAUAGAGUUUAUCUUUUUUCUUAGUUAUACUCUAAUGACUAGGAUAAUACAUGCGCCUGGCGCAGUGUGAAAUAUUUAUUAAAAAAACUUAUGUUUUCAUAUUGUAAAAUCUCAUGAUUUCUGAAUACAUGUGUUUCUGGUCAAAAUAUAUUUGUAUUUAUGUUUUUUUCAAUAUAGAAUAAUUAACUAAGUAUAAAUAUUUGGUACACAUAGAAAAAUAUAGAAACCCAAAUCAAACAAUUAAAAUGUGAUAUCAUUAAUACUCCUAUAAUCAUAAAUUAAAAGUUGUGAAAAAGUUGAUGAUAUUUCCAAGGAAAACUCAACCGUAAAUAUAUAGUAAGCAUAUGUAAGUUUUCGGAUUGUUUAGAAUGUUAAAAUAAUUAGCAUUAAUUAUUUAAAAACCAUAUUUUAGUGUGAUACAUUGAACCAAUAUUUAUGUAAAUUUUCAAUAACUACCACAAACAUAUUUGGCAAGUUGUUUUCAAUGGUCAAAAUUAUAUACUUGUUGACAAAGUAUACUGUUAUCUUAAAUUAAACUUACCAUAUAGAACUUACUCAAAAUUUUGUACCAAGCUUAAAAAUUCGGUGGAAGAAUUAACUUUGUGAAAACGUUUCUUAUUUAUUUAAACAGGCAGUUUAUGAUUGACCCUCCUUGGGCUCAGUUGAAAUUAAAAAAAAAACAUUUAAGCGACCUCAAUUAUAGAUAAUUCGAAAUAAGUAGUUGUUGUCUAAUUAAACAUAUUGUAUUGACAAAUUUAAAAUUUAUAUAUGAUCGAAUUGUUUAUAUAUGUAUAUAAUUUUUGAUUGUUGAUAUAAUCAUCUAUAUGUUGGGCCGAUACAAUUGGAUAUUUUAUUUUACUAACUUAUCGGUAAAUAAAAUUUAUAAAUUUUCGAUUUUGAAGUUACACUAAUUUUCAGAAUAUCAGAUUUUUUUUUUGACAACAUAAGAUGGAAAAUUAAAAUAUUAAAAAGAUAAUUACAAAUUGGAUUAAGCUUAUAAUUUAAAGUAUAGUUUGGUUAUGGGCCACAUUAAGACAACAAAAGAUUUUACAGCCCGACUAUUAUUAUAUUUAAGGGCCAAGUACAAAGAUGAUAAUAUUAUUUGUUUGCAACUGAUAUUUUGUAAAUGAUGAAAGUUAGGUUAACGUGAUAUAUAUCAUUAACUACUACGAAAGGUUACUAUUAAUGUUUUCCUAGACUACAAAAAAAAUAAGUUAGGUGCCAAAGCUUUUUCUUAAUCUUCAAUAUAAAUUUCAUAAUUUAAGUUUUAAAGAAUUGUGUUGCAAGGAAAAAUAUUUGAUAUAUAAGUUUGUUUGGUAAUAACAAAACAACUUAAUUUAUGUAUUACUCUUUAUAUAAAUUUUUGUAGGCGAGGAAGGCGUGAGAACCGAACAAUAUUCUUUUUUUUUUCUUUUAUUAACAAAACAAUUCUGAAUAGCUGUGUUUCUUUGCUAUUUUUUAUAUCAAAAUUGACUCUUUGCUAUUAAUAAAAAAAACUAACACUUAAAAAAUCAUUACUUUUGGAUUUAUAGCAAAAGCAUGCAAUACUUAAGCCAUAAUAUAUAUAUAUAUAUAUAUAUAUAUAUAGAGCAAAUUUUGAUUUAAAUUGUUGUCUAAAUAAAACGAACUAAGAGUAUAUCUUCACUUUCUUAUAGAAAAAAAAAUAUUAUAUUGGAUCACAAUAUAAACCAACCUUGUGUCAUUUAAAGAAAAUCUCAUUUAGGGAGAUCACCGAGUAUUAAUUUAAUGAGAUCGUCGAGUUUUAAGUUUACCAUAAUAUAUACAUUUAUGUUUGGAUUAAUAUAAGUUUUUUUAGCAAUUGGAUUUUGGACUUACUAAUUUUUCAAUUGAUUCUUAUGAUGCUAUGUAAAUCAAAUUGACAUCCUAAUUAGGUUUUUUAUAAAUAAUACAAACUUAACGUUACAAUUUUUUUAAUGUUUUUCUAUUAAUAUAUAAGAGAUAACUUUUUAUACUAAGGAGUAAAUUUCGGCCAAUUAUUGCAUAAUGAGCAAUACAUAUAGGAAACUUUCAGUUACACUGAUAUAAUAAAAUUUUAGUUAGACACUAAUAUAGAAUAGGGAUUCAUAAAAUUGCAUAUAUUUUUUUUAUUUACUUGCAUGAAAAAAUAUUAGACUUGGUAACCAAGUUUCAGAAUAACUAUGUACAUUCCUUUUAUUGAAAGUCUUAAAUAAUUAAAAUAUAAAGAUAAUUAAUUGCAUGAUUCAAGUUGCCCGAUAUAAAAUUUGACCUUGAACUACACACUCUUACAUUAAUAUAAAUAUUUCCUUUUGUGAAACCAUGAAUCCGCUAUCAUCACUAUAUUUAUUUAAGCUAUUAAAUGCAUGUGUAUAUACCCAUUAUAACAUAUAAGUUCAACAAAUCUAAAGUAAAUGUCUCUUAAAAAAAUAGAUUAUACGUUAAAUCAUAUUAAAAUCGUACAUUAAACCAACGAUCUUAAAAUGGUUAUUGGUCAAACAAACGACCCAAAAUGAGAGAAAUAAUCUACUUCUUUAAACUAUAUAAUGGCUGAAAUUGCAUCAUGUUUCACCAUUGGAAUGCAUCCAUAAUUAAGUCUUCACCAACUAAUAUAAAUUAAUUUAUAAGUUGUUGAUAUAUAUUCUAUGUUUCAUAUAUACAAUGGAAUGAGACCUUCUGAAUAUGGAAUGUGUUCCGUAAAUUUCCAGUGAAAAGCUCUGUAACAUGUUCGACUAAAUUGAAGAGCUAUAUUAUGGACAAUGGUGAUGAGAAGAACAAUAACUCAAAAAUUGUUGUUUUGUAGGUACAAAUGUAAUACAACAAAGCAAAGACAAAAAUGGCGCAAAUUAUGUACUUAUGCAUACUAUAAUCAUAAUCGUUAUCAUAAAAAAAAAAGAAAUCAUACAA